UCUGAUCUGCAUCUGAUCAUAGCCAAUAAGGCCAUAAGGCUGCCACGCCCUAAUUAAUAGUCAGAAAUGCUGCUGAAUCCAAUUCUUCUCCUUCUUCUGCAAUACAUUCAAUCAUUUGAUUGUGCUAAUAUAAUAGUGCAGCCAGUGUCCAUUAAUACAACACUCAACUCUACUGUUGUUUUCUGCUGUGAAGCUGUUGCUGAUAUUGUGACCUUUCGAAUCAAUAAUCAGUCAGCAAUUGAUGAAACUGUGAUAGCUAAUGGAUUCACUAUAUCUACAUUUAAUAAUGGUGGCACUAGAAGAGCUGAAUUACAAGCAAUAGCUUAUGAUCAUAAUAAUAAUACUAACAUAAGUUGUGCAGCCACUACUUUUACACCAGUAGUAGUGCAACACAGUGACACUGUGUUAUUAAUGAUUCAAGGUCCACUAGAUGAUGUCAGUAAUUUGAAUUAUACCAUUAUUAAUGGAUCCAGUGUAUUAUUGACAUGGACAGCUCCUUAUACACUGGAUAAUGUACCUAUCACUGGAUACUAUAUAGUUGUCAACGAACUAGAAAGCAGCACUACUAAUAAUACUAAUAUUACAUUAUCAACUAGUGACGUUAAUCCUUGUGUUUUUAAUAAUGCAUCAGUUUCUCCUAUGAAUGAUGUUGGGAUAGGUUCACCAAAUAGUAUCAGUUUUUAUUAUGAAAGAGUUCCUUUCAGUAACUUUGCCAUAUCUGUAACACCAGUAGUUGAGAGACAACUAGUAUUAUUAUAUAUUACCAUUGAUGUUAGUACAAUAUGUGAAGGAGAAUAUCCUAACAAUAUAGCAGCUACAAUAAUGACUACUAACAAUACCAUAAUAAGCAGUACCAGUAUAUCAACAAUUCAAGUUAAUGAUGACAUGAUGAUCACUGGAAUAGUAACAAUACCAAAUAAUCUAAGCACAUUUAUGGUGAAUGUAUCAUUGAGUAAUAGUGGAGGAGAGUUCCUGCCUACACCUCCUUUUGUAUUUGGUGUUGUAGGACCAGUUACUAACGUUACAUCUUCAAUUGACUGUACCAGUAUUACUAUAACUUGGAAAGCUCCUACAGUUGAUAAUGGAAUAUCAAUAGAGUAUUAUAAUUUAAGCAUUUAUGAUGACGUCAUUGAUCAGUUAUUGAUGAGUGUACCAGUAUAUAAUACGAGUUAUCAGUUUGUGGAUAAUAACUUGUUUAUUUAUCGCUAUGCAUACGUUAUAACUGGAGUCAAUGUAUUAGGAGAAGGAAUAUCUACUAGAGCUACAUUCUCUUAUCAAAGAGUUCCUAGGUCAGCUAAUGAAACAACUGUUUCAGUAGAACUUGAAUUUGCACAAGAAUUGAUCAUAAAGUUUUCUAUACAUUUACUUGGUAUGCUGAUGUGUACUGGUGAAGCUCCUAAUAGUGCUACAGUUGCUGUGCAGUGUAAUGGCUCUGGUAGCAUAUAUUCAAACUCGUACAUGCUAAAGUAUACUAAUCAGCCUAGUAAUAUUACAGGAUUAGCACUAGUGCCUUUAAAUCAGCAGUGUAACUUCAGUGUUGUAUUCAGCAACAAUGCUGGUAGUAGCAAACCAUUUGUCAUACCUCUUGAUACAUUCCACCCUUAUCCAACUAAUGAUAUCACUACUACUACACAGUUGCUGUCACCUACUACACAGUUGCUGUCACCUACUAGCACACCUGCUUCAACAAGUCUUAAUGCUAUUGCUAUUAUUACACCAGCAGUUUUGGGUGCCAUUAUUAUUAUUCUACUAUUAAUAAUAUUAAUUCUUGUGUGCAUUGUUAUUUCUUAUAAGAAGAAAGAAAACAGGUCUGUCUCAUUUCAACAACAAGCGCCUGUAGUUACUUCAUAUAAUGAAGCAUAUCAGUUUAACACCUUGAUGAUUAAUAAUAAUAACAAUCCAGCUUAUGAAGAAAUAAAGCUAACUUGAGCAGUAACAAUUAACAUUGUGAACUUCUGUAUAAAUGUGUGUUUAUUUCACAAUAAUUUAUUUAUCAUUUGUAUGCAUGUUAAGAGCAUCAGUAUUUUUAAAUUUGUUA